GAAAAGGCAAGCACGGGAAGCACCGAGCCUUAACUAAAUGCAGUUUGGUAUGAGAGAUGCGGGAAGUUCACAAUUAAUACCAUCUCAUAUUUCAAACCCCAGCAACAUCUCCUAUGAGAUCAAUCAACAAAAAAAAAAACAGUCAACAGGAGAUGGCAAUUCGCAGGCUAAGCGCGCCCACAACCGCUGAGCAUACUGCUACGAAAGUGCAAUAACCAAUUCUUCCAACAAUCAUGUCUCGUUUUCUCAACCCGGCCAAAAUUGGCCUCCUUGCUCUCAUUGAGCUGUACACCAACAAGACUGUCCCAACAAAUUCCAUUGUGGACGUGUUGUCAUUCAUAACUUCGCACCUGAUUGUUGCCGACACCGAUACCUCAUGUUCUAGCCCUGAAAGCCGAUGGAAGCGAGCCGAGAGCACUGUUGGCCUAGUUAUCUCCAUUGCAGACUUUGAACGAGUCUUGGCACCGCAUACUGCUGCUUCUGGCAUGCCCGGCCGGAAUCUGUGGUAUGUCUUCUUGGAAAAGCUAUGGAAGAUUGACUCGUUAGAUGCUUUGCAUGAGUUUUUUGAUAACUGCUCAUGCUUAUUGGCAAAGACGAAGGAAGAGCUCCGUCAGGAUGCCGAGUUAGGCAUGCCAGUUCCCGGACCUGAAGCUAUCUUGCUCACCCGGAACUCUCCCUUUGGCAGCUUCGUACGCAGAUCUCAACUAGAGUUCACCAGGCUGCGGUUUCAUGAUGCGUUUGAGCUAUGGAAGGACUUUGUCAAAUAUCGACAAACCACAGCAGCCUAUUACCGGAGGAAGACGCCAUCUUUCCAGAGACUCAGCUUUGACAAUGUUCUACUGACCGAGGAGAAUAUCUGGGGCACAGGCGUGGAGACCAUCGCCUCUAUAACAUAUGGAGACAUGCUCAGAGAUGAUCCCAAUUCAACAUUGCCCGUUAGCACGGACGAUAUCGAGAAGCUCCUGGAGUUUCAGAUCGAGCAAAUGCAGAGAUACGGCAGUCGAAUACCACUGGAGAUACAACACCAAUUUCAUGAUUUAUUGAACGACAGUUUCAUGAUACCAAGCCUGUCUCAUUAUCUAAGCUAUCUGAACGCGUGGAAGGCAGGGGACUACUCAGCAACUUUCGAUUUUCUCCAUCGAUAUUUCGACUAUACUAUGCAGAUCAAGGAUAGAUCAUUUUACCAGUAUGCCCUAAUGAACUUAGCAGUGGUACAGGCCGAUUUUGGCUGUCAUAAGGAAGCCAUCACAGCGAUGCUAGAAACUGUCGCUACCGCCAGGGAGAACCGAGAUAUGACGUGUCUGAAUUUUGCCCUCAACUGGCUUUUUCACUUCGCCCGAUCCCAUCCCGAGAUCACACAAGAGCUAGAGUCGAAUAGUAUGCUAGGCACUGGCAAGGAAUCACUCUCAUACCUUCGAGGUAGGGCAAAGGAAACUGGCAUGUGGACACUAUGGAGUUCCGCGCUCAUGAGUGAUGCCAAGAUGAGUCUCUCGAACGGCGAAAGUGCAGCUAAAGCUAUCGAACAUCUCGUUAGAAGUUCCCAGAUUUUAGUCGAAAAAAACAUGAAGAGCAUGAUAGGGGCGCAACUAUCGAUAAACAUUGCGGUUUGGGACAGGCUAGGAAUCGCUUACUUGUCGGUAACUACAUGCGACGUGUUCGUCCGAUGCCACGCUCGUAAUUCCACCUUCGACGAUGAAUUAAAAGUAACUAGUCGCCAGGCCUCAAUGCUAACCCUGAAAGGCAAGUAUGAUGAGGCUCUUGGAUUACUUGAAAGCAUGGAUGCCAAUUCACUCCGAUCUUGGAAGCCGAGCCAAUACUGGCAUAAAUUCCGAGGCUUGAUCAAAUUGAGGAGAGACCUUCAUCGAAAUAACCUCGACGGAGCAGAGUUGUUACUUUCACAGCUUCUUCAAUCCAAGAAUGAAGACCUUGAACCUGACCUCUCUUUUAUGAUCGAUAACCUUCAUAUCGAGUGUCUUGUCCGCAGAGGAAGUCUCGACGAGGCUUUCAUGAAAGUUGAGAAACUAAUAGCGGAACUUCGUGAUGAGAAGAAAGAUAUUGCAUUAAGAGUUCGCCUCCUCCUUCUAAAAGCUGAACUCCUCGAAAAAUGUGGCCGUCCCCAGAAGGGGUUCAGUAUCGCUGUACGAGCAGCAAAUGUGGCUUGGCGUGCCCGUCUCAUCCCCUAUCUUUGGCCAGCAAUUGGUGCCAUCGCUAAUAUCCUAACCUCCCUCGGCGAAUUCGAACCAGCCAUCAAACUCCUAAUCGUAAUUCUACCACGCAGUCUCGAGUGCGAGAAUGCGGCAAUGACGGCAAAGCUAUACUCACACCUCGGCGACGCCAACAUGGGAAUGGCAGGCAAGAUGCCGCCGAAAUCUCAUAAAAGGAGAGAAUUUAUGACGAAGGCGUUAGAGGCCAUCGAGAAGGCUUUCAACCACUACUCAAGCGUCGAGGAUAUCAAUAAGCAGUGCGAGAUGAUGGCUAAGAAGGCCACAAUCAUGAAGGUUUCGGGCGAUAAUGUGCUUGCGAAUGAUUGUGCGGCGGCGUACUUGGCAUUGCGCAGGGAUGCUGCACAGAUGAAAGUAUGAUCAUAUAGGGCAGAGUUAAACUAGACGACAUGAAAUGAUUCAUGACUUAAGGCUGUGGAUGUUUGCAUUGCUAUCGGAUCUGCUAAUGUGAAUAUUACAUAUCCAUAGGGGGCGUUUUCGCAUCUUGUGAGCACUGUCUCGAUAACGAAUAUUGAACAUCAUGACUUGAAUUACUUCAUGUUGGGCCGACGUGACUAUACCUGGUGUUACGAUAGACUUACUCCUCCUGUGGCCGUGAGACCAAACGAUGGAGCUGACCCUUUCCUUCAUAAAUAGAGCAUAGUCCUGUAAUUCAUUACGA